GUUUCACUGUUACCAGCUGCUGGCCCAUUAGAAUCCUUGUCGGAGUGGAAACACGGGGGCCGACAGUCCUCUUUUUUUCUCCCUUCCCGUUUACCUCGUUGUGCUUUCUUUUAUUUCACCCCGCUUUACUCUCUUUCUCUCUUUUCCUCGGCAGACAACUUUUCCUUUUCUCUCCCCUCCUUUCCGCUCCGUUUGAAGGUUUUAAAGCCCUGUCCAUAAGCUCUAGUUAUUUAUUUAUUUAUUUAUUCUUUCUUGUUUUAUCAAAACGGAAUAGGCAGUUAUAUUUUUUUAGAUGUACCACAAAUGAGAAGACGCAGAAGAUGGAGCUGCACAUUUUAGAGCACAGUUUAAAAGUAGCAAGUAUAGCGAAAGAGGGCAUCCAGAUUUGCACUCACGGAUUAAUCAAACUAGCUUUUCUGCCCUCUAAAACAAGAUGUAAGUUCUUCAGUUUAACCGAAACUCCGGAGGAUUACACCAUUAUCGUGGAUGAAGAUGGCUUUAAAGAGCUGCCGGAGUCUGAGUAUCUCAGUGUGGCCGAUGCAACAUGGUUGGCUCUUAAUGUGGUGUCCGGGGGCGGAAGCGCUACCAGCUCUCAACCAAUCGGAGUAACAAAAAUCGCAAAAUCAGUCAUCGCCCCAUUGGCAGACCAUAAUAUCUCUGUGUUCAUGCUGUCAACAUACCAGACUGAUUUCAUAUUGGUUCGAGAGAGGGAUCUGCCCAUGGUCAUGCACACGCUGUCUUCAGAAUUCACUCUCCUGAGGGUUGUCAAUGGAGAAACAGUUGCUGCCAACAGUACCGGGGUCACCAAUGGUUUUGUCAAGCCUAAACUGGUCCCUCGGCCGAUCAUUCAUCCUCUCUCCAGCCCCAGUAACAUGUUCUGCGUUACCAGCCUGGACCCCGACACGCUGCCCUCGGUGGCCACGCUGCUCAUGGACGUCAUGUUCUACUCAGGCGGAGCAAAAGAGACCGGGGGGCAGAGCGAGGAUUCUGGACACAUCCGCUUUUUCUCCUUCUCGCUGAUCGAGGGCUACAUCUCUCUAGUUAUGGAUGAGCAAACCACCCGGAGGUUUCCAAACAAUGUCCUCUUCACCAGCGCUUCAGGAGAGCUUUGGAAAAUGGUCCGCAUCGGAGGACAACCCUUAGGGUUUGAUGAAUGUGGCAUUGUGGCUCAGAUAUCUGAACCGCUGGCGACCGCUGACAUUCCAGCCUACUAUAUCAGUACCUUCAAGUUCGAUCACGCUCUGGUGCCUGAGGAGAACAUCCAGAGUGUGAUCGGAGCCUUGAGGACCAAUGAGAGCACAGGACACUGAGACUCUACGAUUGGCUAGGCAUCCCGUGUCCCAGAAAACAUUUCGAUUUCUUGUCUAAAACUCUUAAAAGUGCCAAGAGCUUACCUGAGGACUGCUUCUGGGAGGAGGAUUGGACGGAAGGGGAAUGGAUAAGUGAGGGGGGAGGGGACUCUAAUCUUGCCGUCAGUAUUAAACGACAGCAUCACUUCCUGUCCAUUUCUUGCAAAAAAGAAAACCCUAAUCCCCACCCAACUCUACAGGGACCCUGCGAUGGUGUGAAUCCAGUGUUUUUCUUCUCUUCUUUCUCCCCCACCCCUCUUCCUCUUAUCCACUCCUCCUCCGCACAUCAUUUUACCAUGACAACAGAGCCUGGACUUUAGCUACCGAUUCUUAAGACGUUGCAAAUAACCAUUAUGUAUUAGUGGCAGGUCCUCCUCCUUGAGGACACAGAAUGUACUCCAAUGUUUCUCGAGAUUUAUUUCCUUUUUCCUGCCCCCCUUCUUGUUUUCCCUUGCAGUGCCAAGACAUGGGGCA